AUGGAUGCGGGUCCGAUCCGGCUCAAGGUUCUUAUGGUACGUACCAUCGGAGCACAAGAGGUGGAAUUUACGAAGGGCGAUAUCCGAUCUUUGGCGGACAAGACUAGAGGUAUUCAAACCGCGAACACAUCCCACUGCGCUGCCCGAAACUUACCGGGGAAUAUAGCACACGUAAGCCGAGAUCUGCCACUGGACGCGUGGCCAGCAGAUGUUGUCUGCUAUGCAGGCAUCACGGAAUUGCUAGUUGACCUGCAUGUCAUCCUCCUGGUGUGGGAAAAGGUUGGCCCGCUUGAUGUGUCGGACAUUCCGUUGAACGUAUCGGUGAUUCACGCGCCGAAAACCCGCAAGAUCGAUGCUUGGGUUUUGCAUCUGACUGCAACUGCUGUAGCAGCCUACGACUAUGUAUGGCUGGCAGAUGGAGACGUAAAAACCUCGGACGUGAACUGGUUUGCCUUCUGGGCGAAUAUGCUGUAUUUUCAGCCACAGGUUGCUCAACCUGCCAUCGUGGCGUUCGACAAGGGGAAGGUUCACUGGAAGCACUGGAGAAAGGAUGCCAUAGUCAAGAAAUUUCAUAGAAGCACCCAGACACGAGGAAGCGAUCACACUGUACUGCAAGUUCUGGAAGAUGACGAGAGUGAGACGUGGGCCAUUGAUCCCACCUUGAUUGCUGCUGAGGUGGGGAUCGUCGAGAUAAUGACGCCUGUGCUCACCCCCAGGGCUUGGUUAGCUAUGAGGGAAGCACUUGUCAGCAACAGCAAGGCAAUGGAAUGGGUUACCAAAGGCGCCACGUGGUGCGUGGAUGUCAAGUGGUGCCAGUUGGCUCGUACGUCUGUGCUUGGCUUGGAAAUCGCAGGGGAACCGGACGUCAGUAUCGGGGCUGCGGCCCAAAGGUUUAUUCAGCAACAAUCCAGCUACUUUGGGGAGCUUUGGCCUGCUGGCAAGCGGCUAGAGGACUCGCACGAACCUCCUGCCUGCAUGGUAUUCUACCAGACACCUGUGCGUCAUCACAACUUUCAAUCACUGAAGAAGUCGUCUUUCAGGCACAAGAACUUCGAGUUGUGCCGCGAACUUGAGGUGGCGCUGACGAACACAACACUCCAAAGCGUGUAUCGCACUUUCUAC